AAGAAACAAAAAUUUAACAUUAGGCGUCUCUGCUUUUUCCCACACUCACUCCCUGCUAGGGUUUCAGAGUAGCCGCGCUUCACUCAUUUCGGUUCUUUCAAACUCGGUACUCAGUUUCAUCGCCGAUUCAACUCGCUAACUCGCUGUUCAGAUGGCCAUGGAGGUUACUCAGAUCCUUUUAAAUGCCCAAGCAGUGGAUGGUGCUGUAAGAAAACUAGCUGAAGAUAGCUUGAAACAGUUCCAGGAGCAGAACCUUCCAAGUUUCUUGUUUUCUCUUGCUGGGGAAUUGGCCAAUGAUGAGAAGCCACCAGAGAGUAGGAAGCUAGCAGGUUUAAUUCUCAAGAAUGCUUUGGAUGCAAAAGAUCAACCCAGAAAGAUAGAAUUUGUUCAAAGAUGGCUGGCGUUGGACCCAACUUUGAAAGCCCAAAUUAAAGCGUUUUUGUUGAGGACCCUUUCUUCUCCGUCUCUUGAUGCUCGAUCAACUGCAUCACAAGUUAUUGCAAAAGUUGCUGGCAUUGAGUUGCCUCACAAGCAGUGGCCUGAAUUGGUGGGAUCCCUCUUGUCCAACGUUCAUCAGCUUCCUGCUCCUACUAGACAGGCAACUCUUGAGACCCUUGGAUACAUUUGUGAAGAAGUAUCACCAGAUGUGGUAGACCAGGAUCAUGUAAAUAAAAUACUCACUGCAGUCGUUCAGGGAAUGAAUUCUUCAGAAGAAAACAAUGAUGUUAGGCUUGCUGCCAUACAGGCAUUGUACAAUGCAUUGGGUUUUGCCCAGGCAAAUUUUUCCAAUGAUAUGGAGCGUGAUUACAUAAUGAGAAUUGUCUGUGAAGCAACUCUUUCCCCUGAACUAAAGAUCCGACGGGCAGCUUUUGAAUGCUUGGUAGCUAUUUCUUCUACAUAUUAUGAAAAGUUGGCUCAAUAUAUCCAAGAUAUCUUUACCAUCACCGCCAAAGCCGUGAAGGAAGAUGAGGAGCCUGUUGCACUUCAGGCAAUCGAAUUCUGGAGUUCAAUUUGUGAUGAAGAAAUUGAUAUAUUAGAAGAAUAUGGAGGUGACUUUAGUGGUGAUUCAGACAUUCCUUGCUUUUACUUUAUAAAGCAGGCACUUCAAUUUCUUGUUCCCAUGUUAUUGGAGACAUUACUAAAACAAGAAGAAGAUCAAGAUCAGGAUGAAGGAGCUUGGAACAUUGCAAUGGCUGGAGGUACAUGCUUGGGAUUGGUUGCACGGACAGUUGGUGAUGACAUUGUGCCUCUGGUUAUGCCAUUUAUCGAAGAGAAUAUAACAAAACCAGAUUGGAGGCAAAGGGAAGCUGCAACCUAUGCAUUUGGCUCCAUUCUUGAAGGUCCAUCUCUGGAAAAACUUGUGCCACUUGUGAAUAUGGCUUUGAGUUUCAUGCUCAAUGCGCUGACAAAUGACCCAAACAAUCAUGUGAAGGACACCACUGCAUGGACUCUUGGGCGAAUGUUUGAGUUUUUGCAUGGGUCAGCUUUGGAUACUCCCAUUAUCACUCAAGCAAACUGCCAGCAGAUUAUUACUGUGCUUCUUCAGAGCAUGAAAGAUGUUCCAAAUGUUGCUGAGAAGGCCUGUGGGGCGCUCUAUUUUCUCGCCCAAGGUUAUGAGGAUGCUGGAUCUUCGGCCUCCCCAUUGACCCCCUUCUUCCAAGAAAUUGUUCACGCUCUUCUAACUGUAACUCACAGAGAGGACUCCGUAGAAUCGCGCCUUAGAACAGCAGCCUAUGAAGCUCUAAAUGAAGUAGUGAGAUGUUCAAAUGAUGAUACUGCACCAAUGGUUGCCCAACUUGUUACUGUCAUCAUGAUGGAGCUUCACCAGACUCUUGAGAAUCAGAAGGUCUCAUCUGAUGAAAAGCAGAAUGAGUUACAAGGCCUUCUAUGUGGUUGCUUGCAGGUCAUCAUACAGAAGCUUGGAUCGUCUGAACCUACGAAACGUCAUUUAAUGCAGUAUGCUGACCAAAUUAUGGGUUUAUUCUUGAGAGUAUUUGCUUCUCGAAGUGCGACAGCACAUGAAGAGGCUAUGCUUGCCAUUGGUGCUUUGGCCUAUGCAACUGGUGCUGAUUUUCUGAAGUACAUGCAAGAAUUUCACAAGUAUUUGGAGAUGGGUCUCCAAAAUUUUGAGGAUUACCAGGUAUGUGCUAUCACAGUGGGUGUGGUUGGGGAUGUAUGCAGGGCUUUGGAGGAGAAUGUACUGUCUUAUUGUGAUGGGAUAAUGUCCCAACUCCUUAAGGAUUUGUCAAGCAAUCAGUUGCAUAGGUCUGUGAAGCCUCCAAUUUUUUCAUGUUUUGGUGACAUUGCCUUGGCAAUUGGUGAAAGCUUUGAGAAGUAUUUGUUAUAUGCUAUGCCUAUGCUUCAGAGUGCUGCUGAGCUCUCUGCUCAUACUUCUGGUGCUGAUGACGAUAUGAUAGAGUACACAAACUCUUUAAGAAAUGGAAUCCUUGAGGCGUACUCAGGAAUCUUUCAAGGAUUCAAAGGUUCCCCAAAGACACAGCUCCUGAUGCCUUAUGCUCCUCAUGUACUGCAAUUCUUGGACAGUUUGUACAUGGAGAAGGACAUGGAUGAUGUUGUAACCAAGACGGCAAUUGGUGUGCUUGGAGAUUUAGCUGAUACGUUGGGUGGUAAUGCUGGCCCGUUGAUUCAGCAAUCUGUAUCUAGCAAAGACUUCCUGAAAGAGUGCUUAUCAUCUGAUGAUCAUUCAGUCAAGGAAUCUGCAGAAUGGGCCAAGUUGGCAAUCAGUCGAGCAAUUGCAUUUUGAGGCUGCUGCUCCAUGGGUCCUUGUUCUUGCAUACAUCUGCAUUGUUGCAUGGGGGUCUCAACUGCAUACCAUGAGUCGGGUCAUCACAAUUUUUGGGCACAGGUGUUCCAGUCAUUUGGCUGGCUGUCUUCAUUUCAUGUCAGAAAUAUCGAGUCUUUUUUCAUUUUAUUUUUUAAAUUUGUUUUUAUGCAUUGCUAUGGAGAAAGUCUGUGGGUGAUGACUGAUCUUUCUGCUAACUUGGCAGAAAAGAUGCAGUUUUUUGGAUACAGGAGAAACUAGGUUAAAUUGGAGGAAGCCGAAAAUGAGAUAUACCAUGGUAUUUGUCAAUACCGCCAAUAUUGAGCUUGCAUGAGUUAUAUUAUUUGAAAUGUUUGGAGUCUAUGGUGGUCCAAAAACGAACGACAAUUGUCUUUUAAAUUUUAUUUUUUUCCUUUUACUAUUGGCUGUAGAGUGAAACAAUCAUCUUAGUCCAUCCAUGUGUUUGAAACACAGGUAAUGCAACAUAUUUUAGCCGUCCUUUAAUAUCCCUCACAUAAUUUUGUUUCCCGUAUCAACUUUUUUGCUUUAAUUUUGUAAUUUUAUAUGAUCGAUUUUAUGAUAGUUUCCUUUUAAGGGACA